UUUUUCACUUAUAGAUAUGGAACAUUUUCUCAAGUGGCGACCUUUAUCCAUGUAGGCUCAGAUGAAAUGAUACCUUAUAACAACAAGCCUGCUUAUUUCCUUCCGACCCUACUAAUGUUUUGGGAAUUUCAAAUAGAACAGCGAAGUCGCCGAGUCAUAUACUUCUCCAAUUUUGGUUAUCUUGAGAAGCAAAGUCUUAACGGAAACCGCAGACGUGAGCACGCAGACGGGCUAAGUGGGGUUUAUCGGGUUGUAGUGCACUGUCUGCUUAUUCAGGCCUAAGUUUGAUAAUCGUAUUUUAGAUAACACUGAAAUUAAUCAUAACAUUGUUGUGACUGAAAAAAUAAAAUGGCAUUAAUCAUACUGGAACUUGCAUUUCAAAUGGCAAAAUGGUUAGAACUUUACACCUUAUUUUAAGAUUAAUGGCAAAUGUCUUCAUGAUAACUGGCCCUCGAUGACUCUUUUCAAGGUAUCAGUUCUUUUGAAUUCUGCACAUACAAAGCCUUGGGAUCUAAAAGCCUCUGAAAACGGCUUUGACCAUACAAGGGUCGGACGGCUAUGUCAUGCUGAUGAACCCUAAUGAGGGUGAAACAGCUGUCCAUGGCUGCCACUGCCCGGGUGAUAUAGCUGUGCGCAUGGAUUGAGAUACUGGCUAGGCCGUGGGUUGAUGUGCGUGUGUCACUUGCUCCUAUAAAGUUUGUCUCCUUGAGGGGUAUAAUUCUUAUUUUCGGACGAACAUCCUUGUAACUGUUGUAUGGGAGUCACCCACCACAUCACACAGGCAGUGACAGCGGCCAUCUACAGCUGUUUCUUUCUCUUUAAGACUCAGUAGCAGGGGUAAGCUCUAACCAAGAGGAUUCACGUGCGACCAGUCAAGUGCAAAAGCACUUCUUUAAGCGGCAGCUCCACUGUACCCUUGUGGUAGCUGUUGGCUGGGAACCUUAAAACAGUUUUCGGCAAGCGUAUGGAUGAUGUGGCUGUGCGCAUGCGUUAGGUACUGGCCAGGCCAUGGGUUUGUGUAAGUGCUCCUUGAUAGCAGUUUGUCUGUGGAAUGCCGGCACUCGAUUUUUUACGCAAUUGCAUAAAUUGCGUUCACUGCGACGAUCAUUUCUUCAUUUUCAUUUCAUUUCAGCAGUCCAUAUGAUUUAUUUCAUAAAGGUGGUUUUCAUGCAAUCUCGGGAGACACAAAUAACAAUGGUGAAAUGAACAAAUGCUGGUGGACAAACAAAGAGAGCUAAUGAGCGAUCUUUUGUUUACCGUCCACCAGCAUGGCGGCGAUGACGUAACGUGAAAACCACCUAUAUCAUUAACACUCGGUUUUUCAUUGUACACCAAUGGUUACUGAAUCUUUCCUUGAUGACUGCGAGGGAGGUUUCUGAAACCAAACAAACGUUACCUUAAUUUCAAUCUCUUCGAAACCCUUUCAUUAUGAGAAUGGGGUCUCCUUCAUUGAUCAUUGAGGUCGGUAGACGUAACUAGCUCUUUCGCCCAUAUAGUCCCAUUGGAGCUAGAACACAAGAAACGUACGGAGACAAGACGAAGUGCUCUCAUCAUUUAAAACGGUAAUCAGUCCUUUGUUUGUCUUACCCCAGUGCUUGAUUGACCAACUACAAAAGGCCUAUUAUAGAUGUAACGAACUGGAAAACUGAAACGUCCCUUCUGAUGAGAGGGCUGCUGAACGCUGAAGAGUUAAACUUGUGUCUGCUGAAGGAGAACUCCAGCUAGAGCCAGAGCGAGAAUUUGGAUCUGUAACAACACCCUUGAAACCUGGUGCUUUAAAUCAUAGCCAUGGGGUCAGUUCAGAGAUUUGCCGUGAAACGUUCCCGUAGUAGUGGUUGGUGACGAGUGUCCUAGAAUAGGUUUGGUGACGUAAGCAUUGUUUUAGCAUUCUCUUGGGACGACUGUAAUACCAAUAGAAAUUGAAAAUUUUGAAACUCUUGCGCAAAAGUUGGGAGGGUACCCAAGGUGUAUUAUUGGCAAUGUGAAAGAGAAGGUUUAACAAUAACUAAGUUACCUUGAACAGUUUAUCGGUCGAAAGGAGUUUCGCGGGAUCCUUGCUUGUUCUGAUCCAAACUGUUUAGCUGAAAAUUCCAGUAAGAAGUAGCUGAAACAUCCUCACGCUAACCUAUUCACAAUCCUUGUGUCUCGAUACUACUUUGUUGAUGUUGUGGUUGUCACUCUCGCUAUAUUAUAACAUUAUCGUCUAACAAGACGCUAGUAAUAGAGAUAGCUUAAUAAUUCGACAUUGUACAGACUAAAGGCAGUGUUUUCAAUAUUCUCCUCUCCUAGAAGGACUGCCUGGAACUGUUGCCAGGUUUCACUAGCAAAUGAAAUUUGAAACACCCUUGAUCUUCGGCAUCAAUUUGUUUAAUGUUGUCCAGCGAGCAGUUUUAAGUUGAUCGAUCAUGCAAAGAAACUUUUGAGUCUCUACUGAUUAGAAAAGUCUCCAUAUACGUUAGGACUAAAACGAAUUGAACCUCUCAGCACCAUAGGGGUCAGGGACCAAUUGCAUCAUCACCACGGUCGAUAUCCUGGAGUCAACGAGGAUUGGCACCACCACCCCUUACUAUACAUGACCAACAAACUAAAACAAUAAUAAAAACAUGACGGGUGUACAACCUUUUUAGGCCUUUAGGAGAAGAUAAAAGAGAAAUCAAAUCGUUUCAAACGGUGGAUUCAUUGGCACCAUACGCCUUUGGGUAUCGCACUUACCCUCUGGCGCUAUUUAUCGUUAUGAGCCUAUCCUACAUUAGAUUAUUGACAACUUUCUUCGGGGAUCAUCAUCACCAGGACCUUUUCUCCAAGAAGAAAUCAAACGUCGUUAUCGGUUAUCUGUGAAAGCUGACAGUUUCGUUGUUGCGCACCUCCAGGCAUUUUUUUUUUCAAAGAAAAGGCUGCGAAUACAAACGUGUUUAUAUUUGCCUGUAGCAUUUUUCUCGAUGGAGGAAAAGCCGGGAAUAGGUUUGCGUUCGUAGGCUUGCUUGGUAGUGCUGGUGGUGUAAGACCCUAAAGAAAGUUCCACAUUCGAGAUUCGAUAUCAACUUUUUUUUUUCCCAGUAAAGGCACCACAUGAAACCUACUACAUGUAAAACGCAAUUUUUACUCUAUCUUCAAUUCUCUUUUCUCAAAAGGUAACGUUUUAAAAGCAUGUGCAACAGGUACUCCUGAAGCUGCCCCGUUCUCAGACAUCUCUCUCCCACGGUGGUCCUCAGUUACUCGUCUUUCACUUUCGCCUUUUUCCGGGACCAAAGUGUGGUACGAAGAGUCUAAAGAGGAGGCAGCUGUUGAUCAAGUGUGA